UUUUCCAAUGGUCCCUCUUGCACUAAAUAUUCUUUUUCAGGAUUGUGAUAAUGUGAGGUGUUGGGAUAUGAUUGAGAUCUUUCUGGUUUGAUCAUUUUGAUCUUUACCAACUUUACUUUGUAUUAUAUGAGAUUGUGUAGAGACCUGUUUGGGUAAACCCCUAGAGCCUAGAGACAAAUGGGUUAGAUCUGGUGAGAAGUAACAGACAAAAAAAUAUGAUGGAAUUGUUUCAAAAGGCGCCACUAAUGGAUUUGUUUUAAAAGUUGUGUUAUAUUGUAACUGUUAAUGGUUUUUGGACUUUUUGAAAAGUAAAGUUUGACUUUCUCUAUUCUUUUUCUUUUUCUAUGCAUAAAAUAAAGGAUUCCAUUUGGUUAAAUCCCAAAACCUUGCAAGGCCAAUGGGUUAAUCUGUAUGUAUACUGAUGUAUUUAGUCUAGUUUCCAGAACUUAUUAGUUCCCUUUCGCUCACCCGUUUGCUUGUUUUUGUUUUGUUUGUGGCCGUGAUCAUUGCGUAGGGCCCAUGCUAAUCUUCUUAGUAUUUGUAUCGUUUCAAUUUUAUCUCAUUUUCAGGGACAAUCAGACAGUCUGAAACUUGGGCCCUGCCAACUUGCUUAUAAGAUUUUAGCUAGAACGAAAUGAAGGUUUUAAAAAAAGGAUCACAAAAUACAGUGGACAUUACAAGUGGAUCUUAUUCUGUUUGAAAAUGGAUUGAUCCUAACUUUUCUUGCUCAUCUGCAAUUUAUUCUCAUUGCUUUGAAAACAAGCAGCACAAAAUACAGUGAAUAUUACAAGUAGAUCUUAUUCUGUUUGAAAAUGGAUUGAUCCAAACUUUUCUUGUUCAUCUGCAAUUUAUUCUCAUUGCUGCAUCAUUUUUUGUUAAGCAUUGUUUCACUAGUUUAAAUUAUCGUUGUUUGAUAAUUUAUUUAGUUCCAUUUCGUUUUAAUAUUUGAUAUAGUGAUCCAAGGGAGCAGCAAUUGUCUUUCUUUAUUUGUUUGAGUUUCAAGGUUAUUCAACUAAAAUUGGCUUCAGCUCCCAUUUCUUUCUUAUAAUUUGCACUUGCUCCGUGUAGUUAAUUAUUUCUAGUGGCUUUGAAUCAAAGGCAUUUUUUCCACUAUGAGCCUAGUGCUCCUCUCCUAAUAUGACAUUAAGAUUGUUGAGCAGAUCUUCUUGGUGAUUUUUUUGGCCAGUCAGAUGAUUCUUUGCUCUUUUUCUCUCAAUUGUUGUAUGAAUCUCUUGUUUACAAACUUGGUCUUCAAUAGUGAUGCAUUUCAUCCUUGUUUACUGAAAGACGCUAUUCAUAUAGGAAUGUCAAAAUUGUGCCCGAAUUAUCCAUUUGUGAGAAACUACUGCUGUUACCUAAUAAGUUUCAAUGUUUCGAUGUUGAAUUUGGAAUUGCAUCUUGCUUUACUGUGUCAUUCAUUUUGAUUAGCAAGGUCCCAGUGGGUCAGAUCUGCCAACUGCCGGGGUAGUGGAUGUUUGCUUUGCAGCUGCUAAGAAUUCUUCUGGCCAUCCCAACCCAUUGAAACCAUGAAGCGUGAGUUUCAAAAUCAAGAUGUAAAUGUACCAGCAGAUAGUGAACCAUUGUUUUGUAAUUCAACUCUAGUCUUUAAGACUGAUUCUAAAUCAUUUGAGUACAACAACAGUGCUUUUGACACAGCUGGAGAAGAGGCAAUCGUUAAGGAAAAUCGGAUUGGAAUCUUGUGUGAUCUAAAGGACAGUGAGAGCGAUUCAGUUCCGUCAGCAUCUAAGACUAAUGAUAGAGAUAGAUUUUCUAACCCUCCCAAACUUGAAUGUUCUAUGGUGGUUGACAAUUUUACUGAAGGUGAUGAUAUUGAGGCCAAAAAUUCUGUCACACCCUCUUCCAUUCCUUCUAGCAAAUUAGAAUCAUUUGACAAGGAUGCAGAAUUUUACACCGAUAAAAAUGUUAUGGAAUGUGAAUUGCCAGAAUUGAUAGUGUGUUACAAAGAGAGUUUUUAUCAUGUUGUGAAGGACAUUUGCAUUGAUGAGGGAGUGAUUUCACAUGACAAAAUUUUGAUUAAGAGCGGUAAAGAUGAGUGUAACAGUGAUGACAUCUUCCUACCUUCUGAUAGAAAUAUAAAAGAUAAUAGUACCAAACGAGGAGUAGAUACUGAGAUGUUCAUUCCAGAUCGGUUGGAAUCAUCAAAAAAAGAUUGCAACAAGGAUGAUACUAAUGAAUUUGUGACCGAAGAAAAAGUAGAUAUUGAACUUACUUCGCAGGACAAAAUUUUAGAUGAAAGCAGUAAAGACGAGCGUAAGAGUGGCUGCAUCUUCAUACCUUCAGAUGGAGAGGAAAAAUUCGGCAUUACAAAACAGGGAGUAGAUAUUGAGUUGCUCAUUUCAGAUAGGUGGAAAUCAUCUGAAGAAGAUUGCAAGAAAGAUGCUACUAAUGAAUGUGGGACCAAAGAAAAGGAAGAUAUUGAAUUGUUCAUUCCAGAUGGGUUACAAUCUUCGUCAGAAAAUCAUUCUGACAAGUAUACUGCUAAAGAAUAUGGUUUCAAGGAUUUGAUAGAGACAGAUGAAGGUAUUGACAAUAUAGUGGAUGAUCUCUUGAGAGAGGAGUGUGUAGGGAAUAGCAUGCUUUUGGUGCAAGAGUUCAACAGGCAGACAUCCCUUAAAUCUCUCCUCGAGUCUUCACAUCAUGGCGGCAAUGAAGUCAAACGACCAUCUGCUCAGAUUCCAUUUGUCGAAGGAAUCUCGGAAAGCCCUGCUGUGGUAUCUGCACCUGAAGAAUCAAAGAAGAGUGACCCUGCUAAAGACUUAAGUUACAAUAGCAAGGUGGAGAAAAGAACCAUCACAUUUGAUUUCGACUCUUCUAAAGUUGUGGCUAGAAGCAAGGUCAAGAAAGAAAACGUUGGUUGUGAACACCAGCCGGAGUCACAAAAUGUGCCUAAACAUGUGGAUGGACUUACUGGUAGUCUUUCAGUUGUAAGCCAAGUUCAACAUUGUAAUGGAGAAUCAAGUUUCUCUGCAGCAGGUCCUGUAUCAAAUCGAAUAAAUUCCUCGGGGCAUAUACCAUAUUCGGGUAGCAUCUCUGUUCGAUCAGAUAGCAGCGCAACAAGCACCCGAUCCUUUGCCUUCCCCGUAUUACAGUCUGAAUGGAAUUUCAGUCCGGUAAGAAUGGCAAAAGCCGAUCCAAGACGUCAUCGAAAGCAUGGAGGAUGGAGGCAGGGCCUUCUUUGCUGUAGAUUCUAAAUGUUUUUUUCUUUCAUAGUUUCUUGGUUUAAAUAUAUAAAUCACCACAAUUUUACAUUUAUGGUCCAUUAUCAGAAAUACAGAUUUAGUUUUUUUUUCUUCUUCCCAAGGUUGGUGUGCCAUGUGCAGUAGGUUUACCCUU